AUGGCAGUUGGCUCUAAUGCUGUUCAUAAGUGAUUGAGUCCAGAUUGAACAAUAAUUCAAACAGCUAGAUUUAUUGUUUGUGGGCCAUUAAUUUGUAGCAAUUUCUAUAACAAAUAUUCUGCAUAAUUCUGUAUAAACACUUAAAAAUAACAAUUAGUACUAUACAAAAAAAAUACAUUUUUUUUUUCAAGAAGAUGGCAGCAGCUGGAGCCAUUUCAGUAUGGAUUUCAACAUCAACACCCACAAAGAUCACUGCUUUUAACACCAAACCAAGAAUUUCUUAUCCUCUUAAACUUUCAAGAAAUGGUAUUUAUCCCUUAUCCACAUUUGAGAAAAAUGGCCAACAUGAACAAAAUUUCACAAUCAAAGCUGCUGCCUCCUCUUCUGUUGGAAGUGCAGAAUACACAGAAGAACCAGCAACUAAGGUGAAGUUUCAAAGAUCAUUGAGCCUACCUGGUUGCUCUACUUCAUUGUCAUUGCUUGGAACUGGAUACAGGGAAAAGAUUUUUGCAAUUAUUGGUGUCAAGGUCUAUGCUGCAGGCCUCUAUGUCAAUGACUCCGUCUUUAGUAGAUUAGAUGCCUGGCGAGGACGUUCUGCUGCAGAUAUUCAGCAGGAUCCUUCCUUGUUCAACAAUAUCUUUGAAGCCAAUCUGGAGAAGUCAUUACUUAUUGUGCUGGUCAGAGAUAUUGAUGGUAAAACUUUCUGGGAUGCCUUAGAUGAAGCCAUUUCUCCUAGAAUCAAGUCCCCUACUGCAAAUGAUAAAUCUGCUCUUUCCACGUUCCGUGCCGUCUUUCAAGGGAAACCUCUUAAGAAAGAAACUUCCAUAUUCUUGACUUGGAUUGACCCAACCAAAAUGCUUGUUUCACUCUCUUUUGAUGGGAUGCCUUCCUCAGUUGAUGCAACUGUUGAGUCACCAAACGUUGCAUCAGCUCUCUUCGACGUAUUUCUUGGAGGUGAUCCAGUUUCUCCUACACUGAAAGCAUCAGUCGCCAAAGGAUUGGAAGCUACGCUCAAGUGAAGUACGUAAUGAGUUAAGUCUUCCGUUUUGUUAGCAUAGCUCCAUUGGAACAAAUUACUCAAAAUUUUGUUAGUUUCCAUGUAUUCGGACCAAGGACAAGCAUUAUGCAAAACGAGUAUCAAAAAAAUAAAAUUAUAUUAUUUGAGAGAAA